AUGGUGAAGAAGAGCAAAAAGAGCAAGAGCAAGAGGGUUUCUCUUAAGAAGAAGUACAAGAUAAUCAGGAAAGUGAAGGAGCACCACAAGAAGAAGGCCAAAGAAGCCAAGAAAUUGGGCCUAAACAAGAAGCAGAAGGCCGAGAAGGAUCCAGGCAUACCCAAUGACUGGCCCUUCAAGGAGCAGGAGCUCAAGGCCCUCGAGGCCCGACGCCACCGUGCGAUCCAGGAGCUCGAGGAGAAGAAGGCGGCCCGUAAAGAGAGGAGGAUUUUUUUUAAGUUUCUGCUUCUUUACAGCAUUUCUGAAUUUGUUGCAGACAACUCGGAGAGAACUUUCUUCAAGGAAUUAGUCAAGGUGAUUGAAAAUUCUGAUGUAAUUCUAGAAGUUCUUGAUGCUCGAGAUCCCCUGGGUACUCGUUGUGUUGACAUGGAAAAGAUGGUGAUGAAGUCAGGGGCUGAGAAGCGUCUCGUUUUGCUCCUCAAUAAAAUUGAUUUAGUCCCUCGUGAAGCUGCUGAAAAGUGGCUCAAGUAUCUUAGAGAGGAGUUACCAGCAGUCGCGUUUAAAUGCAGUACGCAAGAACAGAAAUCGAACUUAGGAUGGAAAUCUGGUCGAAAGGCUGGAAAAACUGGCAAGGCAAACAAUCUCUUGCAAACAAGUGACUGUCUGGGGGCUGAGACUUUACUUAAGUUGCUGAAAAACUAUUCAAGAAGCCAUGAGAUAAAAAAAUCGAUCACUGUGGGUGUUAUUGGCCUUCCAAAUGUCGGUAAAAGUAGUCUAAUUAACAGCUUGAAAAGAUCACAUGUUGUCAACGUUGGUGCCACGCCUGGACUCACAAGGUCCAUGCAAGAAGUCCAGCUGGACAAAAACGUUAAAUUACUAGACUGCCCUGGGGUCGUUAUGCUUAAAUCUACCGAGAAUGAUUCUUCGGUUACUCUUCGAAAUUGCAAGAGAAUUGAAAAGUUAGACGAUCCAGUUGGUCCUGUUAAGGAAAUUCUGAAGCUUUGUCCGGAGAAAGUGUUGGUGACGAUAUACAAGAUCCCGAGCUUUAAUUCUGUUGAUGAAUUCCUUCAGAAUGUUGCCACUGUGAGGGGCAAACUCAAAAAAGGUGGCAUUGUGGAUGUGGAUGCAGCUGCAAGGAUUGUUUUGCACGAUUGGAAUGAGGGUAAAAUUCCAUAUUAUACGAUGCCUCCAACUAGAAAUGCGGAGGAUCUUUCCGAGGCAAGAAUUGUCCCUGAACUUGGGAAGGAGUUCAACGUGGACGAAGUUUAUGGUGGCGAGUCAACCUUUAUCGGCAGUUUAAAAUCUGUCAACGAAUUCAACCCUGUUGAAGUGCCUUCAAAUAAUCCAUUUAAUUUCGACCUGAUGGUUGAGGGUGAUGGAGAACUGCAGGCUCCGGUUGAAGGUGGUGAUGCCGAUCAGAGUAUGGAAACUAAUGAACAGAGUGCCCAACCGGAAAAUGUGAAAUCAGGCAAUAGCUCAAAGAAGCAAAACGAGAAGCUGUAUGCAGAGGAAGGUAUGCUCAAUACAAAGCUAAGAAAAGCGGAGAAGAAGAAGCUUAAAAGGGAAAGUCAGCCGGCUGCAAUGGAACAUGAUGCGAAUGAUGAUUACGAUUUUAAAGUUGAUUACGUCAGGAAGGAGUCUGAUAUGGAUGUUGGUGAUGAUGAUGAUGAUGAUGAUGAUGAUGAUGAUGUGGCAGGUGAUGGCCAAAAGAAUAGAUUUGAGCUGCCAUCCGGAGUUGAGUUGGACAAUGAGUGA